UCCCUGCUUCUGCUUUGUUUGUGGUUGCUAAGAUACCGGGGAGCUUCAGGAGUUUACAGACGUCCUGAAGUUAGUUAAUUUAUUUUAGUAACUAAAAAUGUCAAAUUCAACUGGAGACCGCGAAGGUCAGAAGCCAAAGGGCGUGUUCUCCACGUUGGUGGCCGACGGGAAUUGGAUGUACAUUAAAGGAGAGUAUAAAAAGGCAAUAGAGAGCUUCUCAACGGCGCUGACUUUAAAGCCUGAUGAGAGGAACUGCUUUGUGGGCCGAUCCAAAUGUUAUCUGAACAUGGGGCUGUAUGAGAACGCACUAGAAGAUGCAGAAGCUUCACUCAAAGAGGACACGACAUUUUUCGAGGGUUUGUACCAGAAGGCAGAGGCUUUAUACUACAUGGGAGAGUUUGAAUUUGCGCUGGUGUUUUACCACAGAGGACAAAAGCUGCGUCCACAGAUACAGGAGUUCAGACUGGGUAUCCAAAAAGCACAGGAGGCCAUAGAGAACUGUGUUGGCAGCCCUUCUUCUGUAAAACUGGAAGUCAAGGGAGAUCUUUCAUUUCUACAAAAAGAUGAGGAGAGGACACAGCCAAUAACUGUCAUUGAGGAUCUGACGAAGGAGGAUAAACAACAGCCCCAGAAGACCCCUAAGAGUGAGAAGACGACCAAAAAACAGCUCGGAGACUUUUACAGUGACAAGAAAUAUCUGGAAAGCCUCCUGAGAGAUAAAGACUUAGUAAAAGGCAAGACGAAGGGUGGGAAAAGCCUGAAGGACGUCAUCCGGAGCAGCCUGACAUACCUGGAUGCUUGCACGGAGUUCUCAAACCAUGAAAAACCUAUCCACGCACGAGGAAGGGACAGUAAGUUCAAGCAACAAAAAUGCAGCAAGCCACGUUCCAGUGCUCCCUGUGAACGUGCUAAUUUUCUGCUGAAAAGCCUGGAUGAAAUUGAUGCAGAGUUGACCUCCGGAAAUCCAGAGGGUAGUCUCAAGAAGGCAGAAGAAGUCAUGGAGAUGGUACAGAGAUGGUCUGAGAAAGAGGUACCUAAUAAACAAGAGGUGUUGGGCAGCCUGCACAGUUGCAUUGGAAAUGCUUUGAUCAACCUGGGAGACAUGGACAAAGCCUUAGUCCAUCAUCAAAAAGACUUGGAGUUGGCUAAACAGUGCAACCACUCAGGAGCAAUGUCCAGGGCAAUGGACAACAUUGGCAAAGUCUAUGCCCAAACUGGACACUUGACACUGGCCAUUGAAAUCUGGGAGAAGAAGAUUCCCCUGGUACGCGGUGCUUUGGAGAAGACCUGGUUAUUUCACGAGAUUGGCUUGUGUUACCUGAAGCUUGAUCGCUACGAAGAAGCCAGAGACUAUGGCGUCCGUUCACUUGCUGCGGCUGAUGAAUCGGCUGAUGACAAAUGGCAGAUGAAUGCAAAUGUGUUGGUGGCACAAUCUGAAAUGAAACUUGGAAACUUGGAAUCUUCUGUCGCCCGCUUCCAGAGAGCCUUGACCCAAGCCAAACUACAAGAAGACGACUCUGCCAUGAAUUCUAUUCAAAAGGUUCCCACUCUGUUGUCAUGUGUUCCCGUUUCCCCAUCUUCUGAGUUGCAUUUUCAGAUAUUUUUGAUGGCUGACAUUCAUCAUUCUACAUUUCAGGCUCUCGAUGAAGCAAAGCAACAGCUGUCACAAUAAGGAUGUCACCACUCAAGACACCAACACGGUUUCAUCUGGGAUCAAGAAUGAGCAGAGUAAGAAACUUCGGCUGAGAAAUCCACCUCCAACACAGACUGUACCUCGGCCUUUCCUCCCACCUUUUACUCCACCCAUUUUCACCAAUCCACCUUGGGUGAUGCCUCCAGAUGCCUUGAAAUUGAGCCCUGCCUUCAAGUGCUCCUGAAGAUUGUCAGAGUCAACCUGCACAACCAGGACAGAGUGUUCGACACAUAUGCAGUUUUGAUGAUGGCUCAGAGAGAACCAUCUUGCUCUCCUCUGCAGCACGCCGCCUGGAAAUACAUGGUCAAGCAGAAAACCUGACCCUUCGUACUAUCCACAACACACUGCCAGGAUCACGUCUCCUUCCCCAUUCCUCUAAGAGGUGCCCCAUUCGUGGCGCCUUCCCAGGUGAACACCGAGGCCUGUCUCCUGUCUCACAGCUACCCAGUUCCCCAGCUCCAGAAUAAGUGUCGUCAUCUACAAGGCUUGGCGAUCCCUCCCAUCGAUGGCGAUGAUCUGAUCAUUCCAGUUGAUCCAGUGCACACGGUGGCCCUGCGACAGUAAAGUCUAAACUUGGCUAGACGCUCCAAGAUCCAGCAAAGUACCCGCAUCAACAGCUUCCGAUCACACAGUGCUUGUUGAAUUUCCCAGUGAGAGUCUGCACCCAGGAGAUUGUAACGCAGUCUCCCAAGGGGGCUUCCAGGGCUGCUUCUUAAAGGCAUCAGGAAGGUGGGGGAUAGUCAAAUGCAUAUGAUCAAAGGGCUACUGUAGUUUAAAAUGAUCUUAGGAUCACUGUACGUCAAAGGAUCAAUGUAGCUGAUAUGAUCAAAGGAUUAGUCUGGUAAAAGGCUAAUGGACCACCAGGUAUUUGUUAAAGAAGCGGCUGUGGACUGGUGGUUACACAUACGCUGAAUACAUCAGCAAAGAGUAAGACAAAAGGGAGGUCAACAUAGGUAAGGAAAGGAAGAAGUGUGACAAGACGAAAGGGCAACAGAACAUAUAAUGAAUUGCUAUCAGUUGAUUCUUUUUUCAAUUCCUUUUUUUAUUUUGACAUAAAUAUUUUUUGGUAAAUCUGCGGUCUGAUAGAACCAUUGGCGAAAAGAUAAGGACUCUUCUAUUAUGUGAAAAUAAGCAGCCAGUGCGUUCCUCCGACUACGACAGCUAGCUAGCAGCUAACUUGCUGAGAUCGACACAGCUGCUAAUGCUCGCCUGCUAGCUAAUUUUAAUGUUCACUACCUUAAUACAGUAGGAGUGAGCUAGCUAGCUACUAUUGGAACACACACAGAAUCAUAAAUUGAUCAGCAUCCUAGCCGCGGGGGGCCCACAGAGACUACUUAUGUAUAGGGCCCAGAAUUUGGCGCUACAUUCCUGACCAUACGUACAGAACAAUGAUGACUGUGAUGACGAAACCUUGUUCAGUUCAGUUGCUUCCUGAUGAGUGUGUUGUUCUAUUGCUGUACUUAAUGAAGAAAAGAAAAGCAUUCGCAUCUUUGCCCUUACAGUGAAACCAUCUUCUCUUUACCCUUGAAAAGUAACAGCCAUGACAAUAAAGUUGGCCUCCUCUGGA